CUCACCUCUCCCCUAAUUCUCCACCCCCUGCCCCAGGCUCAACUCUGCUCCUAAAUAUCCUCCCAUCUCCUCUUCCAAGCUCUAUUUUUAAAAUCAGAUUUCCUUUACUGUACAAGUGAGCUGACAGGGAGAGGUAUUCGCCGAGGGAUUGGCCCCCCCGAUUCCCCCAACACCAACCCUUCAUAGACACACGUAGGCAGCCCUGACCCAAUGGGCCACUUGCUCAGAGGCAAGCAAGGAGCUGACCUGCCCGAGAAGCUCCAGGCACCGAAGGUGGUUCUGAUCUCCGUCCAGUCACUGACCGGACGCGUCACACCCUUACCAGUCUUCAGAGAACACUCCUUUCCAUCCGACGAAAUGAUAGAACCCUCUGAAGACUCAUUUGAGACGAUGAUGGAGCAUAAGAAUCCAUCAUCAAAACAAAUGGAGUCCUCCGAGGGCUCAUCCAGCACCACCACGGAGACGUCAGGCCGCGGAGCGCAGGAGGCGGCGGGGCCGGCCAGGGGCCCUGCCCGGGAAAUGGAAGAGCUGCCCACUGACCUCCUCCAAGACAUGGAGGAGCCAUCCAGUGGCCCACAUAGGGAAAUAAAGGAUCCACCCAAUGACCUACUCCAAGACCUGGAGGAGUCACACGAUGGCUCACGUCAGGAAGUGGGGGAUCCAUUUGGCGAGGCGCCUGACAGAAUGGAGGAAGCAUCAGUCAACCCGCGUGGAGCCCAGGAAGAGCAACCCCAGGGCACUGACCUGGCUGAGCUGGCAGAGCAGGGGCGUCCUGAAGAGCCGUCCGAGGCCUCGACUGCAGAAAUCAUGGCCAUGGUGAGGUCCAUCAUCUCGCUGUACUUCCGAAUGCAAGACCUCAGAGAGCAACAGAGAGUAGCGGAAGAGAUCCUGAUGAGAGCGAUCCAUGCUGGCCGGCUGCCGCUGCCGGCCCACUUCUCCGGCGAUCGCAGGCAGUACCACGAGUUCAUCGUGCUCUGCCAACUGACGCUACAAAGCUACCCAAGGAUGUUCUACAACGACCGCCUGCGAGUGGGGUACAUCAUCUGCCACCUCUCGGGAAUGGCCUUAGAAUGGGCCAAAGCUCUGGUGCAGGAAGAGAGCCCCCUGAUUGGAGACUUUCCGGCCUUCCUGGAGGCCAUGUCGGAUGUGUUCGAGUACCGGCAGGCACUGCGUGUGGCGGAAGAGGCCAUGUUCAACAUCAGGCAGGGGGACCGCACUGCCAUCGACUACAUCACUGAAUUCCAGGGCCUGGUACCCACCUUGGGCUGGCCAGACGAAGUCUUGCAGGCCCACCUGUGCCAGGGGCUCAACGAGGAGAUCGGGCACUAUCUGUUCCGGGUCCCUCAGCCGGAUUCGCUGGACAGUCUGAUCGUGCUCAUCCUUCAAAUAGAAGAAAAGCUGGCAGAGAGAAGGGCGAUGUUCAGGCUGCCCCCCGAGGCCCGCCCACGGAACCUGACCUGGACCGGCUCACCUGCUCCGGAGAGGUGGAUGGUCAGCAGCUGGCUGCCCUGUAAAGUCCACCCCACCAUUGACCGCGACCAUCUCUUCCUGCUGCUCCUGGUGAGAGUGAACCCCUACCAAAGCGUGGCGGUUCAGGCCCUGGUCGACCCAGGCACAGGCGCCAACUUCAUGGAUGAGAGGUUUGCCCAAGAGCACUACGUUGAGCUCUACGAGAAGCCCUACCCACAGCCAGUCCAAACCACGGAUGGCUCGCUGAUUGGCAACGAACCUGUCUGGCUCUACACUGAACCCCUGGUGUGCAUUCACCAGAACCACCAGGAGUCCAUCGAAUUUGACAUAGUUCCUUCACCCAACUUCUCUGUGAUAUUAGGCGUCAACUGGCUCCGAGUCCACAGCCCCGAGGUCGACUGGAUCCAAGGCCGCUGCACCUUCCACUCUCCCUACUGCCUGAAGAACUGCUUCCACCCGCCCCCACCAUGCAUCGCGCUGGAAAGACAUGCCAUAAGCCUGCUGCCCGGACUGCCGCCCCUGUAUUCCGACCUGGCCGACGUGUUUAACCCGAAGGAAGCUGAUGAUGAGACUUCCGACCAGCCAAGCUCAGACGGAUCCGAUGAUCUUUCUGAAUCAGAGCCCUCUGAGCUUCAGCAGGCUGGAGACAGUGAUCACAGCGAGACCUUUUACGAAUGUCCCUCCACCGCGCCGUGGGAACCUGUGGGUGCCAGGAUGCAAGGGCAAGCCAGGCUGCGGGAUGCAUACUGGGACCUGCAGGACAUGCUGACCAACAGACAGGACUACAUACAGAUGAUUCCAGAACUGUUUGACCAGUUACACGGAGCUACAUGGUUCACAAACCUGGAGCUGCGUGGGACCGUUGUGGAGAAAAGCAUGAACAUACACCAAGCAGAAGACGUAUGGAGGGCAGCGUUUGGUCUGGAGCUUCAAGAGAUGGAGAGCUACCAGCCCUUCCUGAGAUCCUCAGACCCUGUCAUCCCUCAGAGCGUGAUUCACUUCAUCCUAAAGGACAUGCUGGGCUACUUCGUGCUCUCCUACGGGCAGGAUGUCCUGGUCUACUCAAUGAGCCAGGAGGAACACCUGCAGCAUGUCCGCCAAGUCCUCGUCCGCUUCCGGCAUCACAAUGUCUACUGCUCACUGGACAGAAGCCAGUUCCACCGACACACUGCCGAGUUCCUAGGAUUCGUCGUGACCCCCAGAGGGGUGAAGCUGCAUAGGAGCAUCGUGACCACUGUCACGGGCUGCCCCACCCCUGGCUCUAAGAAGUCCCUGCGACACCUCCUGGAGUUCAUCUUCCCCUACCGGCACUUCGUGGAGCGCUUCACCAUCAUCACAGAGCCCCUGGUGAGGCAGGUGCUGACCAGCCGACCGUUCUUCUGGGGAGACGAGGAGCAGGAGGCCUUCGAAUGCCUAAAGCGGGCUUUCCGCAAGGCGCCCCUUCUCCACCACCCCAAGCCCCAGAACCCAUUCUACCUGGAAACAGGCGUCACCAAGACGGCUCUGCACGCCUCCCUGAUCCAAACAGAUGACCAAACUGGCAGGAAAGUGUCCUGCGCUUUCUACUCGCGAAACAUCUCCCCUAUUGAAGUCAACUACUCUCAGCUGGAGAUGAAGAUUCUUCCUGUAAGGGCUGCCUUCACGGUGUGGUGCCGCUACCUGGAGAACACCGAGGAGCCCAUCAUGAUCCUUCUCAACACAGAGGAUCUAGCCUCUCUGAAUAAUGACAGGCUCACCGUACUUCUCCCUGGGCAUUGGGUCUUCUUCUUCUCCCACUUCAACUUUGACGUCAUGGAGCAGCCAGAAACACACGGUGGCCACCCCCUGCCACCAGUGAGGAACCUGGCCCGAAGAGCUUUCCGGCAAAGCCCCGCGGUCCGGCCACUGAUACUUCUUGCCACGGGAGGGGCCCCCAGGGACCAGCUCCUGCUGGAAUCCGGGGAAGAAGAGGAGAAUGAAGAUGCACGUCGCCAGGACGAGCCAAACGGGCAGAAUCUCCAGCAGGAGUUUCUGGCUCUGAUUCCGGCCGACCAAAUACUCAACAGCUUCCUGGCCCAUUUCAGCAUAGCCCAGAUCAGGGCAGUCAUUCUGCAUUUCUUCCGAGGCCUCCUGUUCUGGAAGAACACCCUGGCGGUGGCGGCACUCCUGGUGCUGCUGAAGCCGAGGCAGUGCCUGGCGCUGCUGCCCACGCCCACCCCGGGGGUGGCUGAGCCCCCAUCACGGCACUUGCUCCGCCUCAUCCUGGACUCGUCCCUCAUCACGGGCAGCGAUGUCACCACCACCAUUGCCCAGAUGCUCACCCAGAUGUCCCCUCUCAGGGGCGCCCACGCCGUCCCAGCCCAGGAGCUGGCCGAGCUCUUCCUGGGCCCUGGCCGCUGGCACGGCACCCUGCUCCCCACCGCCCACCACGGCCAGCACUUCACGUCCAGGUUCUGGGCCGUGCUGGGUGAGUUCUUUGGCAUCAGAGCUGCCCUGCAAGAAGGUACCCUCCCGCCCCUCCCACGUGGGACCCGCUACCUGGAGCUGCACGUCGUUGGUGAACGUGUCGUCUUGCGAGAAGCCCUGCAAGACGACCUGCAACGUUACCGUCAGUGUGGCCUGCAUGACGGCCUGCAAGACACCUCGCAGGACGCGCAGCAGCACGACGCGCAGCAGGCCCCGGGCACCGGCCCCGCCCCGGCACUGCGGCCCCGCCGACGCCCCACCACGGACACCGAGGUCCUCACCUUCCUGAGCAACCGCCUGCUCUACAUCCGCGGCGCCGACGGGCAGCGCAGCCUCAUCAGCCGGGAGCUGGCGGCCAGGGCCCUGACCCGCCUUCUGACCAUGAUCUACGAGCACGUUGCCCCUGCCGAGGAGGGAGCAACGGUGGAAGAACUGCCGAGCAGCGACGAGGACGUGGGCCUUGACUGAAGCCACCUGCUCCCCAGCGACGGCCCCUCCUCCCUCGGCCCGACGCCCCACCACUUCUCCCUCCAGCCUCCCCGGGCCUCAGCCAGCUUCACGCACACCGUGCCCACUUCCUGCCACUACUGACCCAAGGGAAACCCACUUGUGAAGGGCAAAAAAUUUCUUCAACUCAUCAACCAGCAACAUCAUCUGUGCCAGCGGGACUAGCCAGCCGUCAGAGACCCAGAGUUAGCUCAGGGCCACACAGUCACAAUCCUGUCUCAAUUCUCCAGGUCCCAGGCCUGCAGCCGGGAGGGAGAUCGAUGAGGAGAGCGCCCUGAUGAGAGAAAUGAGCCCAUGACCCAAGGCCAGGUGAAGAGUCAGGCACAGCAGAUGCAGCCAAGCAAGCAGAUGCCAGGGGCCCACCCCCCGGAGCGACGAGCGGCCCCCUGUGCCAUCCUGGGACACUGACCUCGGCUGCUCCACUGCCUUCUUCUACCUCCACUCCGGUGCUCCUGCUCCCCUGGCCCCCGCCCUCCCACCCCACCCCACCCCACCACCUUGUGCUGUGCUGUGAUGCCUCCCGGACCCCCAACGCAAAGCCAGCCCACCCGCACCCCCCAGUCUCGCCCGGCACCCUCCACACUGAAUCUGCCUGACCCUGAGCUGACUCUUACCUGGACCGUGCCACUCCACAGAACAUCCCGACGUACCAGAACUUACCGGACUUGCAUCCAGGGAGGCCUCAGGGCUCCCAGGACACAGAUGACGUCACCCAGCAGGGGUCCCUUCCCCCUGCUCAGCACUGACAGCACAGGGGCCCAGAGGCCCGCCACAAGGGGAAGGGCCCCCAGCAGACUGCUGGGCAGCGGAGAGAGCUCCUACCAGACCACCUCUUUCUGCCACAGGAAGGAGACCACCCACCUUCCACCCCUUUCAUUUUUUUGUACUCCCAAAAUAAACCAGAAUAAAGAUUA